CGAGAUGGAGACCUGAGGUGGGCUGUGUGGUAUGGAACGCGUUUGCUGGAAGAGGAGGAGUAUUGACUUUGCAAAAAAAUGAAAAAAAAAAAAAGUAGUGUGACUGAUUUGUUAGGAUCCAGGAGACUAGAGGGUGUUACUGUUGGAUAUUAAUAUCAAGUUUGGAAACGGGGAUCAGAAAUUUGGCGCCUUCUAGUUUUCGACCUGCACUUGUGACAUUCUUUCUUUAAGAUUUCCCCUUUAAACCAGCAUCAGUAAAAGAUAGAGAGAAAGAGAGAGAGACACGCGCGCGCACACACUCACUCGCUCACACACGCACACGCUCACACACGCACACACAGUGGGGGUUUUUCUCUCCACUUCACUCCGGUUGGAGCUCGGUCUCUGCGGAUGCGUGCAGUGUUCCUCAAGGCUCUCUGCUUUGGUCUUUUGUGCUUCUGAGCUCUCGGGGGAAUCUUUCAAUGCUCGAGCUGGGAUCUGCGAAGUUCGUCGCUGCUCUCUGAUGAAGCUUUUCUCUCGCUUUUGAAUGAGGACAAGUUCCAGUCGGCCGUGCACGGUGCAGCACGGGUUCGGGAGAAUGAACCGAUAGGCUAAGAACCGGACUUUUGGUGACCGAUCGAUUUUAUCUGCAACGGCGGUCCAGGUCAUGAUGUAUUCGCCGAUUUGUCUGACGCAGGACGAGUUUCAUCCGUUUAUCGAGGCGCUUCUUCCUCAUGUGCGCUCCAUCGCCUACACUUGGUUCAACCUGCAGGCCCGCAAGCGCAAGUACUUCAAGAAGCACGAGAAGCGCAUGUCCAAGGACGAAGAGCGCGCGGUAAAGGACGAGCUGCUGAGCGAGAAACCUGAGAUCAAGCAGAAGUGGGCAUCACGCCUGCUGGCCAAGCUGCGCAAGGACAUCCGGCAGGAGUACCGUGAGGACUUUGUGCUCAGUGUGACAGGCAAGAAGCACCCGUGCUGCGUGCUUUCCAACCCCGACCAGAAGGGCAAAAUCCGACGCAUCGACUGUCUCCGCCAGGCGGAUAAAGUUUGGCGCCUGGACCUGGUGAUGGUGAUCCUGUUCAAAGGCAUCCCGCUGGAGAGCACGGACGGAGAGCGCUUAGUCAAAUCGCCUCACUGCACCAAUCAGGCGCUGUGUGUCCAGCCGCACCACAUCACCGUGUCAGUGAAGGAGCUUGACCUCUUCCUGGCCUACUACGUCCAGGAUCAAGACUCACAGCAGUCAGGAAGUCCCAGUAACAAUGAGCCUGGCAAGAACCCUCCAGUUUACUUGGAAGACAGUUUCAUCAAAUCAGGAGUGUUCAGUGUUUCAGAGCUGAUCAGAGUUUCCAGAACUCCUAUCACGCAGGGGGCCGGGGUGAACUUCACCAUGGCGGACAUGCCCAGCCAGCCGUAUUACCAUGACCUGAACUCAGUGAGCUUACACCGCUCCCUCUCCUCCCCUCCUGGCAGUAAGCGACCUAAGACUGUUCCAGAGGACAGCAUGGAGACGAGUCCCACAGGUCCGGAUUUCUACUCUUCCCCCAGCUCACCUGUUAGCCGACCAUGGCAUGAGAGAGACCAAGCUGAGAUAUCCUCUCCCACUAUGAAGAAGGCGGAAAAACCGCUGUUUAGUCCCACCUCUCCGCAAGACUCCUCCCCUCGCCUGACUACCUUUCCCCAACAUCAUCAUCCAAGCCUGACCAGCGUGGGUCACAGUGUGAUCUCCACGAGGAGUCCUCCCCCUCACUCCCCACUGCAGUUUUCGGCUCCCGCCAUCCUUCCUCCUGCUCCAUCGCCCUACUUCUCCCAUCCCACCAUCCGUUACCCUCCGCACCUCAACCCAGCCGACUCGCUCAAGAACUACGUUCCGCCUUACGAUCCGUCCAGCCCUCAGAGCAGCCAGCCGAACAGCAGCGGUCAGGUGGUGGGGAAAGUUCCAGGCCACUUCACCCCAGUGCUGACACCAUCUCCCCACCAUGGAGCAGUCAGACCCGUCUCCCUCUCCAUGCCUGACACUAAGCCAAUCACCACAUCCUCGGAGGGUUAUUCAGCCCCCGGCACCCCUACCGCUAACCGUUUUGUAGGACUGAGCCCUAGAGAACCAGCUUUCCUCCACCAGCAACAGCUGAGGAUUUGUGACUGGCCCGUGAAUCAAAACAUCAGGUCUUAUGGCUCAGAGGAGGCUUUGGGGAUUUCUUGGCAAAGGUCUAUAGAAACAGACAAGAGGAGAGAUUGUAAUGAGCAGGACCUACCAUACAGGUCCUGGUACCUGGGCGAGCUUAAUUCCAUUCCAAGUGUCGAACGGGACUCAGAUUCUGCCAACAAAUGUCCAGAAUUACAGCAUAAACAUCAUUGGUGAGCCCCUUCUUCAGGCAGAGACAAGUAACUGAGGGGUGUAAACAGGGGAGGCGAGCCUUGACUCUGGAGUGACAGGUCCGUGGACAAACCAGCAAGCAGCACUUACACAAUCUCCACUGACUUUUGUCCCUCCCACUGAAGGACUUUGCCCUAGAACAGGAGAGUGGGUCAAAGCUGGCACGAGCCUCUCCAUGCCAGUCAGUCGUUGUGUAAGAAGGCCCCUCAACUGACAUACUGUGAUAUUUUCCAUUAAAAAAAAAACUAAUUAGAUGCCUUAAUGUUUUGCAUGACAUGCUAGUCUCUUGUAGUGCUUUUUUUUUUUUCAUUCUUAUGUCACAAUUACUAGGUUUGGUUUUUGAGCAGGUGUAGAAGAAGAGGCACACAAGGGCUGGCUGGCUGGACUUUCAUUUUUUUUUUUUUUUUUUUUUCGUUUGAAAUGCAGGCUCUAAUUCUGACUUAUCCAAGAAGGCUCAACCCACAUCAUUACAUGUCUAUAGGAACAAAAUUCAGCAAUUCAGAUUUUUACUUGUUUGUUUGUUUGUUUGCCUUCUAAAUUUUUUUUUUUUUCCAUGAUGAAAAGGCACCUUUUGGUAUCUGUAAUCUUGUCAAUUUUGGAUUUGUAUUUCCUUUAGAGCUAAAGGUUAAUAUUCUACUCUUAAGAGUUAAGAACUCUGAAUUUUUAUAGUGAAAAAAAAAAAAAACUGACCUGUAUUACUAGUUUAGAAAACAAACCCCAGUGAAUCUUCUUGAUGUAUCCUUUACAAAGGAUUUGCGAUAAUAGAAAAAAAGGAAAUAUCUCAUAUGAGGCAAGUGCAAUUCAAGUGAUUUUUUUUCUGAAGGGAAGCUAUCAUAGUCUGUCUGCCCUAGGACUCUAAAGGAAGGGGGAGUAACUGUUUUAAGUUCACUUUUAAAUAAGAAAAAAAAUAAUUGCAUCCUCUAAUAUGAACAUGGUGGCAAGGUGAGAGUGGGGAAGUAUGAUUGACAGUAAUCGUUUACCUGAGCAGAACUGAACACGAACAAAACAGCACUUAUCUUGAGCCGUACCCAAGCACUCGGGUAGUUUUUUUCUUUUAUUUAUUCUGUAAAAUGACCUACAGAAACUUAAAAAGGUGAAAAGACACAAACACACAGCGUGUAUAAAAUUGCUUUUUUUUCCCUUUUUUUUUUUUUUUAAGUAUAAUCCCUACCUAUCUAGUGUGCAUUUUCAUUUGGGCCAUUAGCUUAUAAAGCUACUGUUUACAUUGUGAUAUUACAAGAAACACAAGAAACGCAGGCUGGUGAAGUAAUUUAAGAGUAAAUGUGUAUGCACGAAUGUGUGUG